UUCUGUUUUGGAGCAGAGACUAGAAAGAGGGGCAACCACAACGACGACUCCUAUAACCCCUAAACACUCUCUCUCUAACACACAAACGAAUCGUCCAACAAAUUAAGAAGAUCAAACUCCCACACAUAUACAUACACAUUUUUAUAUACAUAUUACAAUUUCCAGACUCUCUCUCUUCCUGUCUAUAUAUGCAUCUGUGUGUCGUGCUCUGAUUUGUGCUGUGCCCUAGAUCUUGAAUAGAAGCUACGAUUUUCAGAUCCUGAAGACUUUCGUCCAUUAGCGAUCUGCGUUCGAGCUCCAACCAGCUCGGCUGAUUCCCAGAUAUUCCCAUAUCAGUCAAUUAAAAUAACUUUCGUGGGUAUUAGUGGAGUGUAAGAAUUUUAUGGCGGUGGAGUUAACAGAAGAGGAGAGCAUUAGUUUGAGAUAAAGCAGUUGACUGUUAUGCAUUUUUACUAGAUGAAGACAGAUAAGGUGUGGCGGCUGGGCAUGGGUGACAUGCAGGUCUUACCUGGGCCUCGCCACCGCCCUCCGUUGAAGAGGCCAAUUUGGAUUAUUGUCUUGGUUUCAUUGGUCAGCUUAUUUCUUGUUUGUGCUUAUAUAUAUCCUCCACAAAGUAGGACUGGCUGUUACGUAUUUUCUUCUAGAAGUUGCAAUGUCAUUUCUGAUUGGCUUCCGCCUGCUCCUGCGAGGGAAUAUACUGAUGAUGAGCUCGCAUCUCGUAUUGUGAUUAGGGAAAUUUUAAGUAUGCCUCCUGUUCAAUCCAAAAAUGCUAAAAUUGCAUUCAUGUUCUUGAGCACUGGGUCAUUACAUUUUGAGAAGCUCUGGGAUAAGUUUUUCCAUGGACAUGAGGGAAGAUUUUCUGUUUAUGUGCAUGCAUCAAAGGAAAAACCUGUGCAUGUGAGCCGCUACUUCAUUAAUCGAGAUAUACGCAGUGAGCAGGUUGUCUGGGGAACAAUUACUAUGAUUGAUGCAGAGAGGCGACUGCUGGCAAAUGCUCUUAAAGAUCCUGAUAACCAACACUUUGUUUUACUCUCUGAUAGUUGUGUACCAUUGCAUAGUUUUGACUAUGUGUACAACUAUCUGAUGUACUCAAAUAUCAGCUUCGUUGACAGCUUUGUGGAUCCAGGUCCUCAUGGGAAUGGCAGGUACACGGAGCAUAUGCUACCUGAAAUUGAGUUGAAAGACUUUAGAAAGGGUGCACAGUGGUUCACAAUGAAGCGGCAGCAUGCGCUGAUAGUUGUCACUGACAGUCUUUACUACUCAAGAUUCAGGGAGUAUUGCAAGCCAGGUUUGGAGGGGAAAAAUUGCAUUGCUGAUGAGCAUUACUUGCCGACUUUCUUCCAUAUGCUCGAUCCAGGUGGAAUUGCCAACUGGUCAGUGACACAUGUUGAUUGGUCUGAGAGAAAGUGGCAUCCCAAAUCAUACAAGGCUCACGAUGUUACUUAUGAUCUCCUGAAGAAUAUCACGUCAAUAGAUCAAAGUGUACAUGUCACAAGUGACAAAAAGAGAGAAACGACAGUUAAACCUUGCUUAUGGAAUGGCAUCCAGCGACCAUGCUACUUGUUUGCUAGGAAGUUCUACCCAGGAACGAUUGAUAAUUUGUUGCACUUUUUCUCCAACUACACGACAAUUUGAACAGAGAUUCUUUACUCUAAAAUUCUUUGGUCGAAUCAGCAGUUUUUUCGACUCCAUCAGCCCUCAUCUCAUCUCAUAUCUUACGAGGUUGUGAAUUGAUGUAAUAUUGAAGACCGAACUGUUCCCUGGCCGUGGUUAUUGUGUUAAAGUGCAAAAUAGGAGAGCAGAUGGUGUCAAUCAGGGUUGCAGGUCAACGAUUGAAUUGUCAACGGGACUUCCUUCGGUUGGGAGGGGUGGGAUAAUUUAGGUGUUCAUUUUUCCCCCCUCAAUUUUCCACUACAUGUUCUAUUUUCAGGACAGAACUUUAUUGGAGGGAAAUCCAUUUUGGUGCAUUUGAUCAUUGAUCCUUGUAAAAGUUGUGCCUUGAGCAUUGUACAAGGACGUGCUGUAGGCGUAACUCAUUACCUUCUGGGUGGAAUAGCCACAACAUAGGCGUUCUUCUUAGCAAGAAUUAUUGCAGUAGGAUAACGGCUAGGAGGAUUUGAAAGGCA